GAGUGGUGUGGGUGAAGGGCACACCCACACAUCACAUGGCGUAGCCUAUCCUUUAAACCCCAAUUCUAAUUCUCUUAAUUUCCUUUCCCCAAAAAACAAAAACAAAAACAAAAACAUGGCUCUUUCUUUCAAUUCCCUCACACUCUCCCCAUUAUUCUCCUCUUCUUCCACUUUUGCUCUUCCCACCACCGCUGCUUCAAGAGUACACGUGAUUCUGCCCCCGAAGCCCUUGAACGGUGUUCGAUUCUCCGCACCCAAAAGGAGGACUGACGCGGUGGUCGUCUCCGCCGCCGCCGAGGACUCGAUUUCGCCGCCGGUUCCUCCGGCGGAGAGCGAGAAAGAGAAUGUUUCCGUGGAGAAGCUUCCGUUGGAGUCGAAGUUGAAGGAGAGAGAGGAGCAGAAGCUGAGGAUGAAGCUGGCGAAGAAGAUAAGGUUGAGACGGAAAAGGCUUCUUCGUAAACGCAGGUUGAGAAAGAAGGGUAGAUGGCCACCUUCCAAGAUGAAGAAGUUGAAGAAUGUAUGAAUUGUCAAUUUCAAUUUUUGCAGGUUUAAGCUUCAUUGUUCAUUCUCUAAUUUUAUUUUCCAAUUAAUGUGUAUGGUGUAUUUUGAUAAUUUUGUUGCGUUUCAAUCAAGGAUGCUUUGCUUGGUUUGUGUUGCUGUUCCCAAUUUGGUGAAUUUUUUUAUCGGUAAAUGUUAGUUGUUAGGUUGACA